AUGUCUCGGUUCGAAGAUUCCACGGCUGUGAAUUGCUCAGAAGAACUUCGGAAUAAUUGGGGGUGGGAUCUGCAGCUUUCGGAGGCUAAGAAACGGCCUUGGGUCCCAAAACAGAAUGGUGGCCGAUUUAUGCUCCACACGACUAUGCGCUUGACUGCAAAUGCGAUGCUCGUGGGCUUCGGAUCAGGGUUGAUUCGUCUUGAAGGUACUUUAUUCAUUCUUCACGAGGAAAUUAAAAAUGAUAUGUGCCCUGAGGGUAUAAUUCACUAG